UCGAAAACCUCAAAAAUCAGAAAUUCCAAACCAAAAAAAAGAAAUAAAUGACUUUGAAAAUUCAAUGAUGCAAAAGCCGUAAAGUUGUUAAACGUGCAUAUCAUCAGAUUGCAGCUAAGCGAGUAGUAUAACGUUCGGAAAGGCGAGGCAACCAUACCUGGCUAUGCUCGCUAUGUGAAUUUCCUCGAGUGGAGGCAAAGUUUGAUUUUGCUGAGGGCGCACGCCCCGCUCCCAGCUGCACAACCGACUGGCCUUUAAGCAGUCACGAACGGGUCUUCGUUCGUCACACUCUAACGAGAUGUGUUUAUAGUUCGUCGUUCAAUCUAUUUCCUCUCCAGUUUCCUCCUUUCUCCGGUGAAACAUCGUUCCAUCCCGGAUUACGGAAUCGCCAAAGUGUGUGCUUCGUUCUUUCUUUUUUUUCUUCGUACCUAAUUCGGUGCCAGUGAUUGCUUCCCUUUGUUCCUUCUCUCGUCGGCGAACGCGAUGUUGCUGAAAUCGAAACUCUCUCUCAUAUUAGUGUGUUGACGAUGAAUGAUCAUUAAGGGUAGAUCAUUGAAGGAGCUCAGAGAAUCAUUUAGCAGAAUGUCGAGGAUAUUGGAAGGGACGGAUGAAUGCCCCAUGGACCCGGGGCUAAAAUUUGACACCACUUGAAUGCAGAGAAAAAGGUACAAAUGAGCAGGACGCGGAAUGGGCACAUCCUGGCUUUUGGCCCUGUUUCCUGUGACGAUGACGACGAUGACAAUAAUGUCGUACAUCACCGUAACGACGGCUACUUCAACCUCGGUGCCGUCUCUCACCACGGCUGCCAACACCGAUAUUCUGGAUACAAAGAGGGCGGAUAUUGAAAAAGCUCUGGAUGUGAUAGAAGCGGCAUCGAUUGGGUCGUUAGGAGAAGACUGUGCAACGACAGCUGGUUUCAAAUCUUUACCAGCUGCCGUAGCACUUGAUCCGCGACGAUACGACACCGCUCGCCAAAAAGCUGAUAUGACCGCCCUUAUGCUACAAAAUCUUGGCACCAUCGGAGGAUCGAGGCAUAAUGUGCUUUUAGAGGUGUUAGCAAAAUCUCUGCUGGUGUCCGUGAACGACGCCGUAGAAACGAGAGUGAUAGCGUUAAAUGCGUCUACCGGUUCAGUGAUUAGUGCAGUUUGGUUGGAAAGAAAUCCAGCGAGCGUUGGAGAACCAUCGAACGUUGAUAAUCAUGGACUUGAACCAGGAUCGAUACCGGAUCCUAAUUUACCUUGGUUCGAAAAUGCUGGUACCACUACGGAAUUGAGGGGUUGGUGGACCAUUCCGUACUUCUCCUGUAAAAGCCAUCGAUGGUUGAUCUCCUACAGCGUUAAUAUACGUCCUCCGGAUGCUCGUCAUGGAAUUCGAGAAUUUUUAAGCGUGGAUAUUGACAUCAGCGGAUUAGAAGUAAAUCAAUGCGAUGCAUCAUCGCAAACUAGUGAAAACGAAGCUUUAAGUAAUCAAAUAGCAUCUUUUAAAGGCACACACAAGUGUCAUAAUGACACUACUCAGUGCGAAUAUCAAACUCCUGGAGAUCGCGUUAAUCACAAUGGAGUGGGUGCUGGAUGGGUUAAGGGUGCAUACAUAUGCAAAUGUCGAAAGGGUUAUUACAGCACGAAUCAACAUCAGUCUGGCUUCGAUGGAAUUCUCGUGGAAGCUGCUUGGAAGGAGAUGCAAGAAAACGUGAGCGAUUCGUACGUGAUAGAGUUUCGAUGUUUGCGUUGUGCACCGGGAUGCGCCAAGUGCAAAGGGCCUGAGCCUUGUUUAGCCACUUACAACUGGCCCUUUCGAAUCACCCUUUUAUCAUUCUCCAUUUUCUGUGUGUUUGGUACCAUCGUUUUGGUGGCCUACAUGUAUCAACACCGUAAGCUUAAAGUGUUCAAGGUCGCUUCGCCGAUAUUUCUAUCCAUUACGCUUUUGGGUUGUGCUAUUAUGUAUCUCGAAAUGGCUGCCAUAUUUCCUGUUUUGGAUAUGUAUUCUUGUAUCGCGACAAAAUGGACGAGACAUCUUGGGUUUUGUAUUUCCUACACCGCGUUGUUGAUGAAAACUUGGCGUGUUUCUCUCACGUACCGUGUCAAGAGCGCACACAAAGUGAAACUCACGGACAAGCAAUUACUGCAGUGGAUGGUUCCAAUACUGUUAGUAAUGUUAAUUUAUCUUGGCACAUGGACACUGAGCUCACCACCGUAUGCCGAAGUGAUAGCCGACAAUUAUGGUCUGAAAUUCUAUCAAUGUUCGUUCAACUGGUGGGAUCACAGUUUAGCAAUCGGGGAAAUUCUGUUCCUUGCAUGGGGCAUUAAAGUGUGUUACAACGUUCGCAACGCGGAAAGUCUCUUUAACGAGGCCCGUUUGAUAAGCUACGCAAUUUAUAACAUAGCCGCUGUGAAUAUAACUAUGAUCGCAAUUCACCUCUUCAUUUUCCCUCACGCCGGUCCAGAUAUCAAAUACUUGUUGGGAUUUUUGCGCACACAACUGUCGACCUCUGUUACUGUCUUUCUUGUAUUUGCACCUAAGGUGAUUCGAGUUUUACGAGGACAAGGCGAUCAAUGGGAUAGCCGUGCCAGAGCUAGAGGUGUUACAGCAAGCUUCUCGUUAAAUGGAAUCGGUUUGGUGUCCGAGGAGACUACGGACUUGCAUCAAGAAAACGAGGAGCUCAAGGAGGAGAUCCAGAAGUUAGCCGCGCAAAUCGAGUUCAUGAAGAUCGUGCACAUGGAAAUGUACAAUCGUCACAUCAAAUCAAAAGCUGGCGGAUACUUCAGCACCCACGGUCAUGGACAUACUCAUCCAUCCUCGGCCCAAAGUCCAAUCGCGAAGAGUUCGACAGCCAGUUUUAUAUUGAAACAGACAGCCGUGGAGCGAGGAGCCAGCGCGGCCGCGGCUGCCGCGGUCGAAGACUCAACUUUCCCUUCUGGAAGUUUGCACCGAGCGCGGAGAAUGGAGAUCCUGAAGGAACGGAAAGCGGAACGGGAGAGGGAGCGGGAGAAAGGCAAGGAGAAAGAGAAGGAACGACAGAGAGAGAAGGAACAACAAAGAGAAAAGGAACAGCAAAGAGAGAAGGAGAACGAGAAAGAGAAACAAGAGACUGCGGAGGAGGAAAAGGUUGAACAAACCGGGGAGAAGGUCUGACUAGUGCUAAAUAGCGAUGAGAUAUGGUUAUGACAAAUUCCGAGCACGAAGACAAUGAAACAUAGAGGCGAAAAGAGAAGGCGCAAAAGGAGUAAAUUCACAGGGUAUUCUCUAAUGCAGGCCUGGGCAACUCGUGCCCUUCGAUUCGGUUAUCCUCGGGCACAAUCCUCGCUCCGUGCAUAAGACGCCCGAGCCUGCAUCUGACUUACCCUAGGGGCACCGUGUUGCCCAGGCCUGCUCUAAUGGAUACAAAACACCCAGUGUUCGAACGACUCAAUGGACUUCAAUCAUUAAAUAGUAAAUAGAUUAAAUCUGUACGUAUAUAAUUGUCAUUCGUUUAUUCGUUAUGGCAGUCCUCCAUUAGCUUUAUCGUCGAGUUACGUUGUCACCGAACCCAUGAAUGAACUUAACGAGGAUAAAUGGUGUGAUUAAAAAUGAAAAUUAAAAAUCAUUUUCUGUGUUGCUAAAGUGACAUGUUUAUUAUAACAGUAUAUACUUUUUUCGUCAUUGAAGAAUUUUGUAUGAAAUAGUUUCGGUAUAAAAUGUUUAAACGAUAGUAAAUGGACAGAGUUUGUGUGUAUCGGAUAAAUACUUUGUCGUUAUGCGCUGUUCAGUUUUGAACGAAAUAAAAAAUCUGACAAGUUAUAUAUUUUAUAAUUGUUCUUGGUUUGCGUCUGCGAGAAUCUCGAUUGCGAUAUACUGUCGUGCAACACAAAAUGAAUUUGUGUCAAUAAGUGAAACCAUAUCAUAGCAUAUACCGAAUAAAAAAUUGAAAAUAUUAAUUAUCAACUGUUUGUUGUAACUGGUAACGUUAAUCACUGACUACAUUUUUGAACACCUUUUCGAAAUGUUACAUACUUCGCUGAAAAAACUGACGGUGAACACAGGAAUUAUUUGAUACUGUUACAGUCUUUCUCUUUUAAAAAAUAUAACACUUACUUGUCUCGUGCAGAAGACACAAUUUAAUUAUUUAUUGCAAGAAAUAAACAGAGAAGUACCCUAAAAAACUUGUUGAAACAGUACCGUAAAAUUAUGAAAUAUUACCGAUAAAUUUGAAAGUACCCUAUUAUUGUUUAAACAGUAAUGUAUCUGUAAAUUAAGAGAAUCAAAAAUUGCUUGGCGAGAAUCACAUACAAACGCACAUCUACAAAUUCAAGCUAAUAUAAACAAGAAACCUUCUUAAUCGAAUUAAAGGAUUAUUAAAAUCAUAAUGACUUUCGUUUCGAUAACAUAGAAUUUCUACACACGUUAUAAAUAAAUUCACUGUGUGAAUGAUACUCGUAUUACAAAAAGGUGCACAUUAGACGUAAACCAAGAGAAGCGAGAGAGGCAUAGCUGAAAGUAAAUAAAAAAAAAAGUUAAAAAAACUCGUUAUAUCGCACAAAAUAUCAAUAAGUAUCGAGAGCACGUACAGCAUUUUAUUACAUGAUUGGAGUAUGAAAAUUUACUUGGAUAUAUCUCAAAAGAACAAAAAAAAAAAUGGCACACGCAUUUUAUACGACAAUAAGAUACUAUUUAAGGUACUUUAUUGUUACUAGUCAAGAAUUUUUAUCGGACAUAAUUUCCUUUUUGUUCGUUGACAAUUUCAAUCGUCAGUUGCAAUUAUAGUGUCGGUUAAUGGAACGUAAACGCCCCUACGGCCAUUUUGUAUCGAACAACUUGUUGAUAGUAUUCGUGGAAACUACACGGUAUCGUUUUAAAUCAUUUCGGUAUUGAAUAAUAAAUUAGGUGUACCGAUUAUGGCCCGAAGCUCAAUUUAUUAGAAUUAAAGGUUUCUUGCUUUCGACUCUGUAUUAUUUAUCGAUUAGAUCUGAAUAUUAAAAAUAGGGGUGUGAAUAUUGGGGUCAGAACUGGGCCAUAACGGGAACCCUUGCAGGGACGAAUCUAGAGUAGCUAGAAAGAGGGGGCUAAAUAUUAGGGUGGCUCCAAUUUCUUUU